AUGCAUAGGAUGAUGUUGGAGCUGGCCCGUACCCUGCUCAUGAAUACCGAUGCUUUGACAUUUGACGGCGAGACCAUAGAAGGCGCGCCGCCUUUGUGGUGCGCCGCGGCAGCAGGCCACUUGCCCCUCGUGCGACUGCUGAUCCGCGCAGGCGCCAACGUCAACUCAACGACGCGCACGCAGUCCACGCCUUUGCGGGCGGCUUGCUUUGAUGGGCAUUACGACAUUGUUAAGUUCCUCGUCGAAAACGGCGCCGAUAUAGAAAUUGCAAACCGUCACGGCCACACGUGUCUUAUGAUAGCGUGCUACAAGGGCCGGAUUAGAAUUGCAAAGUACCUUUUAUCUUUAAACGCAGACGUGAAUAGGAAGAGCGUUAAAGGGAACACAGCGUUACACGACUGCGCUGAGAGCGGGUCACUACACAUUAUGAGGAUGUUGCUUGAACACGGAGCUACUAUGGAUGUCGAUUCUUACGGCAUGACACCACUUCUUGCAGCAUCAGUGACGGGCCACACGCACAUAGUGGAGCAUUUAAUAAAUUUAGAACACGGUCUUGUAACGCGGCAGCAGAGGAUCGACGCGUUGGAGCUCCUCGGGGCCACAUACGUGGACAAGAGAAGAGACAUGGUCGGUGCGCUGGCGCUUUGGAAAAGGGCUAUGGAUGACAGAUUUCCAACUGACGGCAGCGAGCCUAUACCGAAGCCAAAAGAUAUACCUCGCAUCGAGGCGUACGACUACGCGGUAGAACCGAGUGACGCGCAACAGCUCGACGAGCUGCUCGCGGACCCCGACGCAAUGAGAAUGCAGGCGCUUGUUAUAAGAGAGAGAAUCCUAGGCCCCGCGCACCCCGACACGUCGUACUACGUGCGCUACCGCGGCGCCGUGUACGCCGACGCGGGCCGCUUCUCGCGCUGCCGCCAGCUGUGGCACCACGCGCUGGACAUGCAGCGCACCGUGCUGCCGCCGCUGUCGCCGCUCACGCAGUCCUCGCUGUACUCCUUCGCCGAGCUCUUCUCCUACAUGCUGGGCGAGCGCGCGCGGCCUCCGCUCAGAGGUACCCGGCCGCAGCCGGAUCUUGCCUUAGCUCACUGAUUCAUAACGCACUCACUCAAC